UCCAAAUGCAAUAAAUAUUAGAGCCGGAGGGAGAACCAGGUAGAGUUGGACAGAAAUCACAGCAAAAAUGGCAGAAGGCAAAUCACACACCACGUGAUAGAUCUGUAGCUGCUUUAGCGACACCUGUUGCUUUGUUUGCAAACUUUCCUUUACUGCUCUAAAUGUACUUCCAUUACCUUUUCUAGUUUUCUUCUUUCAUUCCACUCCCUAAAUACUUUCUCUGUCUGAUUUCGUUUUACUCAUUUUCUGGGCUCCAUUUCUUCUUCAUACACUUUGAAGUUUAUAAUGAUGGCUACUCUCAACUUGGGGUAUGCACCCUCAACGGGAGUAUUUAAUGUCGUUAUGAGUUCCAAGGGUAGUCCAAAUCGUGUUCAGUCUUUUUCCACCACCACCACCUGUAACGGCGGAGAUAAUGGCGGCGGUGAGUUUCCCUCGUUUCUUCCGAAAGAGGUGGAGAAAAUCAAAGACCCAUUUGCUAGAUCUUUGGCGAGAAGAAUAGUAAGGCUUCCUGUUCAGAUGGGUUCUUCAGAAAACUAUAUUAUGAGUAGUUGUAUCAAACCAUUGACAAAAACUAAAAGCAAUCCAGUGGUUCUCCUUCAUUGUUUUGACAGUUCCUGUUUAGAAUGGAGAUGCACAUACCCCUUGCUUGAAGAGGCUGGUUUGGAAGCUUGGGCUGUUGAUGUUCUUGGUUGGGGCUUUUCUGAUUUAGAAAUUCGUCCAUCAUGUGAUGUAGCGUCUAAACGACAUCACCUGUAUCAGUUUUGGAAGGAAUACAUCAAAAGGCCAAUGAUAUUAGUUGGACCAAGCCUUGGAGCCUCUGUUGCUAUAGAUUUUACCGUCAAUUAUCCGGAUGCUGUUGAAAAGCUGGUUGUAAUCAAUCCUAGUGUUUAUGCUGAAGGCACAAAACAUUUGGCUAAAUUACCCAAAACGGUAGCCUAUGCUGGGGUUUCUUUUCUGCAGAGCCUUCCAUUGCGCUUUUAUGGAAAUUUAAUAGCCUUCAAUGGCAUUCCAUUCCAUACAAUCUUAGAUUGGACUAAUGUGGGCCGACUACAUUGCCUGCUGCCUUGGUGGAAAGAUGCAACCAUUAGUUUUAUGUUUAGUGGGGGAUACAAUGUCAUUUCUCAAAUUAAACAGGUAAAGAAGAAGACUCUCAUCAUAAAUGGCGAGCUUGAUCAGAUUGUGAGCUACAAGCUUGUAGUGCAGCUGCAUUCUGAACUAUCGGACGCGAUUAUAAGACAAAUAGCAGACACUGGUCAUCUUCCCCAUGUUGAUAAGCCUGAUUCUGUAGCAAAGUUGAUUGUAGAUUUUGUAUGUGAUCAACUUCCUAGAAAUCAAAUGCUUAACGCUGCGAUGUUGCAAUCAUCGAGAGCCUGUGUUAUUUCCAAGUAAAUUUAUAACUUUACUGUUAGAAUGUUAAUGUCUCAUAUCACAGUUUAUAGUGAAAUGAUUGAUAGAAGUUCAAUUUGCUCAUUAAA